ACCUGGGGCGGAGAGGUCCCUAGCCACAGGGACGAAUUCUCCCCGCCGCACAACGUCGGCGCACCGGGCGGCACCUAGGCAGGGAACACGCGGAGGGAGAAAAGCGCCGCGCCGGCGAUGUGGCAAUCGCUCGGCGCCGCUCGUCCUUCGCUGUUGGGGCGUCGCUGGGCACUUGGGGGCGCCUCGGCGGAGCAGCAGCAGAAGCAGCCGGCGGCAGCUAGGCGUCACGUGAUCGCGUACGUUCCGCUGGUUAUCGGCUGGCGAGUCAGUUGCGUGUAGUCAAGUCAGCUGUGCGGCGGCCGUUGUAAUGCCAGUGAUGGUGCGGCAAGAGCUGAACUUGAUCAUCGCGGACAGUCCGGGAGGCGGCAAAGGCGGCGGAGGCAGCUCAGUCAACGGCGCCAGCAAACAGCCACGCAGCGGAGGCGCCUCAGCAGCAGGCUCGGCCAGCUCGGCGGCUGCUGCCGCUCCCGCAACCAAUACGCCGUCGGGACGCACACCCAACUGCGCGCGCUGCAAGAACCACAACAAAAUGGUGUUGCUGCGCGGCCACAAGCGAUUCUGCCCGUACGUGGACUGCGUCUGCGACCGGUGCAAGCUGAUUGCCAAGCGACAGGUGGUCAUGGCCAAGCAGGUGGCCCUGCGCAGGGCCCAGGCACUCGACGAGGCCAUGGGACGCACCGUCAUUGAGGAAGUCGACCCCGAGGAGCUCAAACUGGCCGCCGAGAAUGGAAGCAUGCCGCCCGCCGACUGCGUGACGCCCUCCGACGUGAGCCUGGCUUCGCUGCCUUCUUCGCCGCUGUCCCCUUACUCGCCUUCCCCUUCGUCCUCUUCCUCCUCGUCGUCGUCCUUCCCGUUGCCACACUCCCUGUACGGCGCCACGGCGGCCGGCGCCUCACCGUUGUUCGCCGCCGGCGACAACUCGCCUCCGCUGUUCAUGCCGCUGCCGUUCCCGCUGCCGCCGAGCCCGCACCGGCCGUACGAGCCGUGGACCAGGACGCCGCCUGGCGUGUCGCCGUACCUCGCGGCGGCUGCGGCAGCGGCGGCCGGCACCGUGCCGCCGCCGCCUCCUCAUUCCGCGACGUUCGGCGGCGCACCGGCGGUCCCGGCGCCUACAGCCGCACCGCUCCACCUUGCCGCAGCCGCGGCCGGUCUGCCCAGGCCCAUACCGACUACGACGAUGUCAGCGGCCGCCGCUGCCGCCGCAGCCGCCGCCGCGACGAGCCCGUCAAGAUACGACACCGUGGCGUCGCUGUCCGGCUCCAUUCCUGCCGCCGGGGCGGACGCGGUCGUCACGGCGACCGCCGCCGCCGUAGCAGCGACUACCAGCGUUGCGCAAGCGUCCUCAAGCGUCAGCUCCUACACGCAGUCGAUGUACGCGUACGACCGCAGCGCGGCCGCCGCCGCGGCUGCUGCGGCUGCCGCCGCCGGCAUGUCUCUGCACUUCGACCACCACGCCCACCACCCGAGCAUCCCGCUGUCGUCCUAUGCGCCGCCGCUGCUCUGGUGGGAUUGAAUGCCCCCGAAGGAUCGAGCGAUGUCUGGGCUCGUCCGACGUGCUCAUCGGGGUGAUGCGCGUGUUUGGGUGUGUGUGUCAACCGCUUGGGACCUGUAUGUGUUGAAUUUGGAACUUUGGCCCGUUUUGUGAAACGAACUGUGGCGGCUUGGCUUUGGAAAAGGGGAGAACACGAGCUGGACGGUCUUUAUUAUUUUUUUUUGUCUCGAUGACCGCGUUGUGUUCUCCUUAUAUUUGCUCAUGUUUUUUUUUUUUUCUUUUUUCCCGUGGUCGUGUUAGAGUGCGAUUUCUGUUAUUCUACCUUACAAUGCACUGUAAUUCCAGGUUUUGUCUGCGUAAAAUCUUAUUCAGCAUUACUUAUAGAGAACAUGUGUUCCCUUGCCUUGUCCGUUUACAGUGUAAAUAUCCCCCUCCCCCUUUUUUUUUUCGCAGCUCGAACACAUCGUUAUUUUUAUUAUCUUCUUCUCUUAGGCAACCGUUAUUCGAGAACAUGAGAACGCCGGUCUUUCUCCCACGUGUGUGAAAAGAAUUCAACGUAUCCUCAACAAAGGUGCUGACGUCUGCUCACGCGCUUUCGGCGACAAUCUCAGUUGCCCUUCUUGCUGUUGUACGUGGUACCACUUCUUCCCUUGCAGAGAGAGAGAGGAAAAAAAAUGGUGGCUUUUCUAAGGAUUUAUAAGUCGGAUGCCUGCAUCGCUGUCUUUUUGUUUAUAUUUCUUUAAUUGAACGACGAAUUGUCCGGAUGUUCGCAGGCGUAACCUGAUAUUCGCUACAGACGCACAGUGUCGUUUAUUUGUUAUGGAAUUAUCAAUAUCUCGGCUCCGUCGUAUUUGUCCAUUAUUAUUUUGCUUCAUUCAUCUGUGAGUAGAAGUGCACGUGCUGAUUCAUUCACCAUAUGAUUGAAAUGUUAGCUCUAAUUUGAGUGAGUCGCGGCUGCUCUGACAGUUGAGCUUUGCGUGCGUCCUUUAGCAAAGGCAAAAGCUUUGCGCCCGUAUCUGUAACGAGAAUUGCAUCGCACAUGAGGCUAGAAGAGAAAUACGUGUAUCAUGCUUAGAUGGCUUCUAAGAAACUUCACUACCAACGUUACUCGGUCGUUCACCCAACGGGAUGUAGAAGAAAAUCUAUUACCAUUUGUGGAAGACGGAAAAAGAAACUGAUUAUGGCUAGCUUUCGCAAAAUAGGUUGUCACGACUGAAAAACUGCAUCCAGGCAAAUUGCUGCUCCCUCAAAGGGCUUCAGUUAAGCACAUAACACACUCUACAUGCGGCUCUGAUCAUGAGUAAAUGUUUGACUGGGUGACAUGUUUUUAAUUCGCUGUUUUCUACUGCUAUAAAUGUGCGAAGGUAUGAAUGAGGUCUUUACUUUGCGAAUGAAUUCUAUAACCAAACUGAAAGCUUUCGGAGUCAGGCCAUUUUCUCACGUCAGCGCACCGUAAUUCAACUUCGGGAGAUGUAUUUCCACUACUUAUUUAUAACUAUAGUAACCGCAUGUUUUCUACCAGUUGGAUGAAUAGACUACAUUUGUUAUGGUGCACAUUUUUUGUAUAGAAUCGGAAAGGCUGCAGAGCCUUGUCGUAGUCCCUCGAAAAUCAGAGCAAGAUUUGUCUAUUACGCCGGUGGAUACCGUCCCACUGUCCCCAUAUGUAGGCAGAAAUGUUGAACGUUUCUUUCAAUCUCAUUUUGCACCUGCAUGCUGCCUUUGACAUUGUGCUCUUGGCCUCAGUCACCAACUAUGCGUUUUGUCUCUCGCCGGGAACCGCUCGCUUUGUCAAACAUACGCACAAUUAUAAUUAAAGAAAGAGAGACGAUAGUUAUGUACGUCUUCAGGCGCCUGCGCAUUGCCUGUUUGUUGCGAAGAGAGGCGGCCUGGAAGAUUGAGAGAGUACAAGCUUUUGCAACUGUGCACUCACAGUUUGUCCUUGGCAUCGGCGUUUCUUUGUAGUUUGGCUGGCCGUCUUCAGCAUUGUAAAUAUCGAACACUGUUUGUUGCGUGACUUCUUCUGGGUAAACAAUUCCGUGUUUGUGUAUGUGAGUGUCCGCUCGAGAGUUUCAACUUUCUCUCCUUGGUUGGUGUGUCGCUGUAUGUUGCUGUCGUCGUUUAGUAGCAUAAUUACCGCGGGCCUUUGUGUCCGUUUUCAUUUUUCUUUUGCUGUCGUGUAAGCUCUGGUAUUACGUGGUAGGUGCACAAGAAGGCUAAACAGGGCGAAAUGGGGCGUGCUCCAUACAGAAGUGUUGGAACACCCAUAGUUAUUUCUUGUUUAGUUCGAAAUGAACUGAAAUCAAACUGAGUUCUCAGUGCGGACGACAGGAAAGAAGUUGGGCAUAGUUAGCAACCAAGUGAAGGGAAGGCGGUAUAAGGGGGUUGGAGGCCCUACUGCCUGAUUUUCUACCAGAAGAGAACAUGUCUUGGUCAAACAGAUUUAAGAAUCAGUGGGAAUUCCCUUUAAAAACAGGAUAACAGCAUUUAAUCAAAAGCAGGCUUGCUACGGCUGCUGCUGCGGUUCGCUGGGGAUGCUUAGUAUUAGGAGUAAGUUAAGUUCGUUUUAAUUAUCGCGUGUACAUAUUCAACUCCAUGUAAUGUGUCACUCUCACUGACUACAAGCUAAACGCACAGGAUGAAUAAAUCGCUCGUAACAUGUAUGCUUCAACGGUCAAUUCUUUCAUUUACUACUGCGGCUGCAGCAGGGUGCUUACCACGCAAGCCAUUAGUGACCUUUUUAACCACCAGAACCUGCACCAACCCAAAAAGAAAAACACCGUUAGGACUCUAGUUGGCGUUUGAUAUUUUAGGUUGCCUCUCAAACCUUUGUACAGGCGGACCUGAUAACUAAGUUUGCAGAAUGAGGUUCUAUGCCUAGCUUUUGAACAGCCACCAUCAAGGGUACGGGACAUUUUCUGCUUCUUAAGCCUCAACAAACGAAUUGUACCUAUUUGUUUUGGUUUGAGUGGUUACUCUCCUAUAUAUAUAGUGUUGGUGUGUCAUCGUCACUUCACGGACGUGUUUACAUUGCAAAUCACCCUCCUCCCGUUUCUCACCUCUGCUUGUAUGGUCAUGAACGAAGCGACCACUUUUUGUGAAAACCGAUGCGGGUGGAGAACGUUGCGACUGGUUACUCAUAGUUUACAUGAGGCGUUAUAUUCAAACAUCAGUGGUGUUCCCACAUGCUGACGUAGUGAGGAGCUUGUUCCACAAACCGAUGAAACUUAUUGUCACGCUGUAUGUCCCCAGAAAGCGAACUUCACUGUUAGGCGUGACAGAAAAUACAUGCGCUUCGUUGUGUCAAGCGUCUGGCAACUUGUACCUUUUAAGAAAGCUUUUGGCACCUUUUUACUACAACUGACCUCUGUGGCGUGUAUGACGUUCGUAAUUUGCGAGACACCAAGUAUUGAUGGCGCCUCACUUAUGAGAGUCUACCUUAGGCAACGCUUCUUUAUUUUUUACGUGCUGGUUUUGCCAACGCAGAGUGAUGCUAUGACAGUGCUUACAUGAAACAUUUUGCUCCAUUAAUUUGUCACUACAAGCCGCUACUUCUCUGCUUUCCACGCUCUUGUAACGAAGUGGCAACAUUGGCAGAGCCGAUUUCAUAUAGAAGACCAUCCUCUGCUAUGUAUUAUGGGAUGAAUAUAAAAAAAAACUUAAUGAAGUCUAGUGCAUCACGCUUAAGUCUGAAAGAGCGCAUCCCCAAAGUAAUACCAUUAAUGCUAUCCAUACUAUAUGGUUUUGAUCUGCUUGAUCGAUUAGUCCAAGAAAGUCUGAGGACGUCGGUAGCAAUUUUUAUCAGUUCCUUUCUGUCGAAUAUCGGAGGACACGUCGCUUGCAUAUAUAUUUUGAACCUUCUCGCUCGUGAGUGAACCACAGUACCGAGGCGCCUAUCUUUCAAUGUUGUAACUAAUAUAUACAAAUGUACACGCGGAGUUUCUUUUGAUAUUUGGUGUAAGAUACCGAGUGUCGCUUUAUAUGUGAAAACAAAUGUAUAACGUAAUAACGUAGCCAAGUGUCGGACACCUGUUUAAAUUGCAGUCGCGGGCAUCCUGUCCUUGGCUGCCGUUGGAGAAACCAGUUUGCACAAAGGGCCCACAAGGAGGCGUUCAUCACGGCGGAAGAUCUAGAACCUGAAUGCGCGAGUUGCAUCAGGCCCUUUGAUUGCUAGACCACGAUUUGAGAAUGGUUGCGGCCUAUGACUCCGGGGGAGCGGGCAGAAACGUUCGACGCCACACCCCAAUCUCGUACGCAUCGUUAGAGUAUAUAAAUCCAUUCCCGGUUGUUGUCGAUGUUUGUUAUCCAGUCGUGUCGUGCAAACCAUUCGGUCGGCCGGUCUUUCGAGGUCCGAGUGUGGUGAAUUGGCGCGAACUUCCGCGCGCUUCUUAAUUUUUUUGUUAUUAUUUUUUCUAGCUUCGAGUUGCCCCUGUCACUAUAUUUCUCCGCGCGUGGAAUACAAAGAAAAAAAAGCAUAUAUCUGCCCGUCUCCUCUACCGCCUUUCUGGUUGUUAGUGUCUGUGUGUUACUAAAGUCUAUGUGUGGUGUAUAUCGAUCAGAUGUCCGAACGUGAGCCUCAACUGCCCCACCUUUGUGGUUGCAGGACUUAAGAAGGAAAUCGAAGCGUUCGACUCUUGCGUGUACGCCCGAAUUUUUUUUCGUUUAAUGCGAAAGUCAGGCGCGGAAGUUAUCACGUGACGUUGCGUUCGACUGUCGGAUCCCGUUGGUUCAGCAAGGAUUCCGAUUCCGGCACGUAGCAGGGAUAUCAUUUGCGUUUUUGCCUGCCUCCGUGAAGAGAAUGUAUGAAUACAUUGCUGGCGAACGUGCCUUAGGGGCUUGUAGCAAAAGUGUGCGUUCGCUUGCUAGAAUGCUUUAACCAAGGGUUGUCCGGUAUUUUUUUUUUUAUUCCUUGCUACGUGCCCGGUUCAGUGCCUGUGAAAUGUGAAGUGCAUUAUACCAAUCGCUGUGAUGAAAAAGUUGCUUGAAAGUGUGAUAUUAGAUGCUCCGGAGGUUUUGUACCGAGAGUCAGCUUAGUCAUGUCGGAAACAGCCUGCCCAGUGUGCUGGCAGAUUUGCUUGUGCAUCCGCCAAAGUGUCAAAGAUUAUCCCGGCCUUCCGAGCUCGAGUGUCGUUUUGUACGACGAUCAUUACAAGAGAACGUGACUUGGAGAGUCCCAUGUGUUGCCUCACCUUAGGAUUAAUAAUAGUGCGGCCGCUUUUCGCCCCAUUUUCAAGUGAAAUGCAUGAUUUACUCGAUACGUAACAAACUGCUCCCGUAACUUGCUGACGCCUGUUUCUUUAAGGCAGUUGUGCACCAUGAUGCCUACGAGGUAUUCGAGGAGGAUUGGCAGACAAUAUCGGUGUCUUCUCCUUAUCACACCUGCCCUGCCAACAAGAUCGGUUCACCGUUUUUUUUUUACUACUUUGUUGAGAUGUUUCGCAAACUGUUGAUUUCAUACGGCUGUGACUUACCAACGUGUUGCCCCUUCGUUCGCCUUAUUCUCGUUUGUUGAGAUGUGUUGCUCCAAAUAAUUUCAGGACACUUAAAUUAUAAUACUUAUUUCAGUAAGCUGUAAAAGUGCAUCCUGAAAGAGUCCUACACUUCACCUGUGACUAGGCGCAGGGCUGUAGUUUAUUGCCAUGCAAUCGUGCGAGCAUAAAUGCGCAUACAGUAUCCGAGGACAGAGGGCAAAAAAUACACUAUAUUAUUCACUGUAUGACACAAAAAUAUACUUAGAGAACGUGUGUAACCUUUGCCAGAAUGCGAGCGCUAGGUUUCCAUUUUUCUGCAGCGGCAUUGUAAAGCCUGCCUUUGCGUUUCAGUUGAUGGCGAUUUUAUAGAAGAUUCGACUAAAGCCGUGGUGGCGCCAGCCAAUCCAUAUUUACUUUUCAUAAGCAAUCACAGCGUGUAAUGUGCCAGGCUUUCUUAGGGCUCAUCGAAUAUGAUUUUUACUGCCACGUGUAUACUUCUGCAUGUUCUCGCAGCAGCGGUUUCGUACAGCUCAGAUAUAGAGGAGAUAAUUUUGAAGAUUGCGGAAGCGUCUUCGACUCACCACAUAGUUCUGAGUUCGACUUCCGGGCUCGGUGGUCGUGUUUCGAUGAGCGCCGUACGGAAAAACGUUUUUGUUAUUAUUUUUUUUUUUGCUUUACGUUGGGUACAACCUAAUGAAACCCAUUUGGUCCAAACUAGUCCGGGGUCCUCCAUUAUGGUGUUUCUAAGCACAUUAUUGCUUUGGGGCGUUAAACCUUGUAAAUCCAUCGGAUUCUAGAAGAAAAUAUAACUUCGGGUCAAAACAAGCACUGAUAAUAAUCUGCAGCUGGGCUAGUCACGAAUGCGCUGCUUUCUGAGGUUUAGAUUGAGGCAUCAGAUAACGGCGCACAAACUAUCUUUUUCUGCCGGUCCGUUAUUUGCUCUUCGUGAUUGCAGUGGCAAAAAUGUAUGCGUGGCGUAGGUAAGGUAGUUAUUUGGAGGGGAUAAUAGCGCCGACCUGGACCCCUGAACGUUCAGUAUAUGUGUCACAUUACGUAAUAUGUCAGCACAAAUAUGUGUUUCACUUGAAAAAGGUUCCCUGGAGGCGGUAGUAAAUAAAGACGAAACGGAGUUACGAGGGGCGCCAUACACGGUGCAAGAAAUUGAAGGUUACCACCUGUGCAAACAAACUAGUUGCGUAUUACAAUAUGCGAUAAGAAUGGCUAUUUUUAUUUGUGCGCGUUCUUAGAGUAGGCGCCGUAACACUUCUCAGUGUGUUGGUUUGCCACUUGGCGAUCUCGUGAUGAACCAUUUCAUUCAGUUUCCCCUGUCUAGUCGGAACGGCGCCAUAUUUGUUCAGGCAGAGCGAACAUGCAAUAAGCCAGCGUACUCUGUGCGUCUCGCACUGAGGCGUUGAGCUCACCGCCCGCGCAUUUCGAGUUGCAAUCAUGGGACUCUUUAAGUCGAGGCCGGCGUCGCCUUUUUAUACGUGUGUGUGCAGACGACGACGAACGUGUGAAGAAGAGUGCAUGUAUGAUAGAAAUCAUUUGCUGUUUUUGUACAGAGUUUUAACAUCAAAGUCAGUGAGUUGCGCAUCGAUUGAAGUACCGACGAGCGAUGCGUGGAGUUGAGUGAAGUACGUUCUGGUCGAACGCGGCAAGACCUCCCUUGUACCGAUAGUGUCUCUCCCAACAUUUCACCUCCGCUGAUUCCGUGUGCAUGAGUAAAAAUUGACUUAGCGCAAGAUAGAUGUCCUCGUCUUGUCGCUCCAAAUAUUUUCGAAGAUAACGGGGCGUGCAAAUGUGUCUAUCUUCAACGACUAGUCCAGCGUUAUAUGGCUGUUGUGAAAACACAACCAGUCAAUGACCCUUUGUCAAAGUGGCCAUUCGUAACAGUGUAAGUUCACUCAAACACGUGUAUUCGGAGCGAGGGAGGUUUCGCCGUGUAUCUCAAUGCAAUGUACGAGUGAUGGGGAUAACACCUCCGUCAUUUUCCUGCAGACAUAUGCACUGAAGCGAAUGCUGUGAUGUUAAGAACUGCUCGCCGUGGACAGAGAAAGUGGGCUUCCCGGUGUAGCAGAGUUCGGUUUAUGCACGAAGUUCCUUCUUGGCUUCAUCUGUGAAGGAAACUGACCAAGAGUAGCCCUACCUUUUUUAGAUGGACCUGGCAGCAUGCUGACAUUACUGAGGGGAUCCGUUGAAGAGCCUUCGCAAGUUUGUUCGUGCCUGCAUAGUCGAGUUGAGACGUUGGCCAACGUUGAAGUGCUAAAUUCGGAGAAUAGUUUCCUUGCUUGGCAUAAAGUAGCCUUCUUUUGCCUCAGCGUCUUCCGUAUAGCUUGCUUUAAUUAACGUGUCGCUGCUAGUUGGUGUCUUUUUUUUUCUGUGUUCACCACGCCUGCAGAUUUACGAGCCUUCUGGGAUGUAUUGUUCGUGAUUUACUUUAUUGUAUCCCACCUGAAUUAAUGAUCCCACCGCGCGGUUUUUAUUUGUGUUCGUAAAAGUAACGAACUCGCUGCUAUGAAAAACUCGCUGGAUAUGAAAUGGCACCAAUGAACCACAAGUUGCGUUUGUUCGUUUUGAGAAAUGUAUUGCAGCAGGAAGAAUAAAGUAUGUGGUUAUUCGAAGACUAACCACAUGCUUUAUUCCACCUUGGUCAAGCAGUGUCGAACAGCUGCGAAGGCGUCUUAAAGCCUUGGGAACCUCGGUUCGUCUGUCGGGCCGCCAGAAGUGUGAUAUGAUGAGUUGUGAUAUUGGCGCAUGCCUAGUUGGUGACGGAGUGUCUGUUUAGCGCGGUAUACUUACUGUUGACCCGGUCUGUGCCGAGACAGCGGACCAUGCCGCUAAAAUCUCUUUUGUUACGAGCCACGUGUUGUCAAGCGCGCACUUUUGCAGCUGGUGAACGAAUGUGGCUAGAGUUUACAGAUUUGGAAGAAUGUUUGGAUAAAAACACACAAAAUGUAUUGAGGAGUUUGUAAAAGGAUAUUUUGUACAUGGAUGUCGUUGCCAAAUAAAAAGCUGUCAGUC